CAUAUGAGCUCAAGUGAUAUCACCGAACAAUGAAAUCAAAACCGAAUCGCUACCGUGGAUUAACAAUUUAUGCGAUUUGUAUGAACCUUAUGAUAUUUGUGUCAAUUCAAUUAUGUACGGGUUUGUCGAAGGAAGAAGGAAAUGUGAGGACGCUAUCACGUCGACGAAGGUAUUUGAUUUUUCCGGAAGGAAGCUCACUUCAAAUUGCUAAACCGUCAACCACAACCGACAAUAAUUAUGGUGAUGACAAAUUCCAACCCGAACCAUUCGAUGUGAAGUCAAUGAAUGCAACGAACACAAUGUCCAACUUUUCCAAUGGAUUGAUGAAUGGAAAAGUUUCGCCGAGGAAAAUUACUUUUCCCGUUGGCUAUGAACACAGUCAUCAUUCAAUUUAUUCCACCAUUCGAAAGCGAAGUACGUUCGAAAAUAUAGCACCAACAGUUGAAGAUAUAUUUCAUACGAAACUUCAUCGGUCGAGUAGGUAUAAGUUGUACGAACGUUUGGAAAAGUUCAUUGACGCCGCUGGACAUGACGGCAAAGAUUGCAUUUUAAAGGCUCUGUGUGAAACGGGUCAAAUACAACGGGACGAAGAGCGUCGUCGGGCAUCAUUUUUGGGCGAAUUGAUGAGAGCGAUUUUCAGGUAA